AUAGUCAACGCGUCAAACAGACGAAAAGAACCUGCAAGCCUCGCUCGUUCCACCCACCUGCUUAUACGCUUCGGGGCCUAGAAAUAGAGAAAUACGGACCGACGGAUAAUCACACAUCGAGCAGAGCGAAAAAACGCAGAGGGACGAAACGAUGCCAUAGAAUUUUGACAAUUGUGAACGGUUGGGGCGUUGAUACAGAGAUUCUAACAUAUUUAUUGAUCCUGCACAAAGAGCCGAGAGGGAAGGUAUUAUUAUUUAAUAGCGUUUGACGUUAAGGUGCUGUGCAGGUAUUUUGACAGGGAAAAGAGGAAAACAAGCCAGGAGGUUAAAAGGAUAGACAUAAUACAGACAAGAUUUCAAGUAGGAAAAUAAAUUUAUCAAAAAGAGAGGCUUAAAAAGACAGCUGGAGCGAGAGGGGGUGGCUGUUUUUUCCAGAUAGUCAGUCUCUCUCACGCUAAGUCAUGGUGUCCACAGUACUAGCUGUGACACUGUGUGUCACCUUGCUGCACCUGUCUACAGGUCUGACCUUUGCCUCAGAUGAACUGGGAGACAACGGCGAUGGACUCCGAGUGACUGCUGAACCUCCAGAGCAGCAGCCAGCUUACACCCCCACUUCAACCCCACAGUCUCUUCGUGACCUAAUCCAUGCCGCUCUCCUCAGUAAAGAAUAUCUUGGUCAAGCUCCUGUCUUUUCUGGAACAACUACCAAUCCUACGCAAGCUGUCCCUCCUGUGCAUCACUAUGAACCGUCGUCCACCAUGAUGUCACCCGGGGUGCUCACCACGGCAGUGACCUCAUCAGCGGCGGCCCCGCAAGCAGGCCAAACCAGCACAGGAGGUCUGGUGACAUCAGCACCCUCAGAGGAAGAAACUACAACCACUCUGAUCACCACCACGACCAUUACCACAGUGCACACACCUGUGCAGUGCAAUGCCACUCUGUCGGGCAUGGAGGGAAUAGUGGAGUCUCCUGACAGUCACUCCUCCUCAUCCUCCUUCUUCCCUUCUCUGGAAUGUACAUAUAGCAUCACUGUCUACCCUGGUUAUGGAGUGGAAAUUCAGGUGAAGAAGGUCAGUCUAUCCAAAGCAGAAACUCUGACCAUCCUUGGACUUGGGGGAGGGGCUCCAGAGCUCCUUGCCAAUGAGACGCUGAUGAGCGAAGGUCAGGUCAUACGCAGCUCAACCAACCAGGUCCAGAUUCACUAUCGCAGCCUCCAGCCAGCCAAUCACGGCAUCUUCAGCCUGCAUUACCAAGCUUUCCUCCUCUCCUGCCCUUUCCCCCUCCUCCCUGAGGGAGGGGGUGUAACGGUGACCGACCUGCACCCUGGGGGCCGUGCCCACUUUCAUUGUGACCCUGGGUUUCAGGUCAGAGGUCAUGAGGUGGCCACCUGCCUGAACUCAACCCGACCUCACUGGAGCUCCCCUGAACCUCAGUGUGUCGCGGUGUCAUGUGGAGGGUGGAUCCGGAAUGCCACUGUGGGUCGAAUCCUAUCCCCUCCUCCACCUUCUGCCAGCAACCAUAGCAGCAGCACCAACCUGAGCUGCCAUUGGCUGCUGGAGGCAAAGGAGGGGCACAGACUCCAUCUCCACUUUGAGAGGGUUGCUCUCGAUGAAGAGGACGAUAGACUGAUUGUGCGCAAUGGGAACAGCUCUACCUCGCCCUUGCAGUUCGACUCAGACCUGGAUGAUGUACCGGAGCGAGGGAUUGUGAGCGAGGGGUCGUCUCUCUACCUGGAACUGACAGCAGACUCCUCCAGCAUCCCUCUAUUGCUGGCUCUGCGCUACGAGGCCUUUGAUGGUGAGCACUGCUACGAGCCCUUCCUGCCUCACGGGAACUUCAGCAGCAGUGACAUCACCUUCCCCCUGGGAACAACCGUCACCUUCUCCUGCUCCCCCGGCUUCAUCAUGGAGCAGGGGUCAGGGGUCAUCGAGUGCGUCGACCCCAGCGACCCCCACUGGAACGAGAGUGAGCCGGUGUGCCGAGCUCUGUGUGGGGGGGAGCUGACAGAGCCCUCCGGCACGGUCCUGUCCCCUGAUUGGCCCCAGAGCUACUCCAAGGGCCAGGACUGUAUCUGGCAAAUUCAUGUCAGUGAAGACAAGCGCAUCGAACUGGACAUUCAGAUUUUAAAUAUUCGCCACAAUGACAUCCUCACUCUGUUUGAUGGCCACGAUGUCACCUCGCAUGUGAUUGGCCAGUACAUGGGGUCACGUGAACGUUUCCAGGUUGUGUCAGUGGGGUCAGAGGUCACAGUUCAGUUCCAGAGUGACCCUGAUGAUGCCUCCUUCAUCCUGAGUCAGGGAUUCCUAAUUCACUACCGGGAGGUUGAGCGCAAUGACACCUGUCCUCCCCUCCCUCCAAUCGAGUUUGGCUGGAGAAGCUCCUCCCACCCAUCCCUAGUGAGGGGCAGCGUGCUGACCUAUCAGUGUCAGCCUGGCUAUGACAUAAUUGGAUCCGACAUUAUCACUUGUCAGUGGGAUCUGUCCUGGAGUAAUAGCCCACCCACCUGUCAGAAAGUUCAGCAGUGCUCAGACCCGGGGGAUGUGGUGAACGGAGCGCGGUCAGUGCGCCCGGAGCCUGGCUUUGCUGUCGGCACCGUGGUGCGUUUCUCUUGCAAUCAGGGGUAUCAGCUGGAGGGCCCCGCCCAGAUCUCGUGCCACGGCCGUGACACGGGCACGCCCAAGUGGAGUGACCGGAGCCCAAAGUGUGUCUUAAAGUAUGACCCUUGUCCAAACCCUGGAGUUCCUGAUAAUGGCUAUCAGACACUAUACAAGCAUAGCUACCCGGCAGGGGAGUCUCUCCGCUUCUUCUGCUACGAGGGCUAUGAGCUGAUAGGGGAAGUCACGAUCAACUGCCUCCCUGGGCACCCCUCCCAGUGGAACAAUCCACCCCCCUUCUGCAAAGUGGCAUAUGAGGAACUUUUGGAUGACCACAAGCUGGAAGUAUCCAGAUCAACAGACCCUUCCCACCAAAUGGAAAGUGAGAACAUUGCCUUGGCAAUAGUCCUGCCAGUAAUACUGGUCAUCUUUCUGAUUGGAGGAAUCUACAUGUAUUACACUAAUGUGUGUAGGCUCCAAUGGAAGCCCCUGUUCUGGAAGUCUCUCUCCCACACUCACUCCUACAGCCCCAUCACUGUGGAGUCAGACUUCAACAACCCUCUAUAUGAGGCAGGGGACACACGGGAGUAUGAAGUGUCAAUCUGAGAAGGGAAAGACUUAACUCGAAUGGAAUGAAUGAAAUGAAAGAUGAUUGGAAGAAAACAGAGGAGGAGUGUUUUUUCUCUUCCUGUCAAUCUGCUGUCCUUCACCUCACUAUCUCAUCUCUCCAUCUUUUAUUUACUCUUUUGCUGUCUUUUUCUCUGUCAGUCAGAAUUCAUGUAUUUACCUAUAACACAGCUCUUUUUGUCCAUGUAUGUCCGUCUACAUAUUAUUAUCUAUCCCCACUGUCUAGCUCUCUGUCUGUCCGUCUGUCUAUGUCUGUGUCUGCUUCAGUUUGUCUGUAGCUAGAUGUCUGUGACUCAGUGCGUGAUCGUUUCUCAGUGUGUGGUUGACUCUCAGUACUGCUGUUUUCAGUUUCAAACCUUCCUUUUAAAAUCAGGACUGGUGCCUUAGAGUGAAAUUAAGGGGGUGCAUUGGACAGAGAGAUGAGGGGUCACACAGGAAACGGAAGGUAACACUGCAGAAAAACUGUGAAAGAAAGAAUGAGAGUGACUGACAGACAGAGGGACAGAUUGACACACACACACACA